CCUCCCCUUCACAGCAGGGCUUAAAAGAAGGCUCCAUUUCCACUGUGUGGCAAACAAAUGACGAUACAGACGAGAGCACGUCUUCUACAAAGAAACCAAGCGGAGCCUCCGUCCUGAAGAUGGUGAGAAAGAAUGACAACCGGACCGCAGUUUUGCGGUCAGAGACGUCACACACGUGUGGUCUGUCCUGCCUCGGCCCUUUGACCUUCCACCCGGUGGCUGUCGGGGACAAGAUCCGCCUGAGCCGUGAAGGUCGAUUGGCUGAGAGGACGGCGGCCACGUUCAAGAACGGCCUGGUGUUCAGCAGCCGCCCGGUGAGGAUCCAGGAGAGGAUCUGCCUGAGGAUUGAAAAGGAGCUGUUGAACUGGGAAGGAGCCAUGCGGGUGGGCUUCACCAACGUGCCGCCCUCGGACAGGUCUCUGCCUCUGCCCCCCAUGGCCAUUCCCAACAUCACCAAGGUCCAAGGGAACUGGGCCGCUGCACUGCAUGAAUCCCACUGCCAAGUCGGUUCAGAGCUGGAGUUCUGGCUCACUCAUGGAGGCCACGUGAAAAUGAGAAGCACCAACUUCAAGCAGCAACAGCUACUGGGAGGAGUGGAUCUCAGCCGUCCGCUUUGGGCCAUGAUAGACAUCUACGGACAGACGUGUGCCGUGUCCCUCCUGGGAUCAAAGAAAAAACAGGGGUGUAUCACCCGGCGGUCGUGUCCUGCACCCGGAUACCUCCACUCACCGGAUGCACACAGCCACAACAGUUUGACCCCUCUCUCACGUCUCCAUGGAAACGGUGAUGAAUGGAUCUCCCGUCUGGACAUGGAAGUCCCUGCAGCUGAAGGCAGCGUAACCAGAUGUGUGGUGUGCAUGGAAGAACAGUCUAAAAUCACUUUGCCAUGCGGCCACAAGUGUCUUUGUGGCGCGUGCGCAUUAAAAGUCAUCCAUCAGUUCGGCACCUGCCCGCUGUGCCGACACGAGAUCAGCGCUUCAUCGGUGUAGGUGCUACCAGCUCCUGGGCAGCAGGCCAGAAACACCAACUACAAGCUACCGAGUGACUUUGAUGCAGAAAACCGACGGCCAGCAGUAUGUGACCUUUUGUUGAAGACAGUCAAUGACAUUGCAUACGAUUCUGCACAAAAUGUCAUGCUGUUUACACACACUGCACGGUUAUCUUUGCCAAUGUUGUGAAUCUAGAUUCAAUCUCUAAUUGUGUAAAAAGAAAAAAAAUGUUGUUUAUAUUUUCAUAUUGUUUGAUUGUUAAAAUGUGACUACAUUAAUAAAAU